AUGUCCCAGAAACGAGACGGCUCCGGAGCACCUCAACUUCCGGGCCUCUUCCCGGCUAAGGCAGAGCCAGUAUCACCCUUCUAUACUAUUCUCCGGUCAGCGCCACCAGACUACCUUUUGCAGCGCGACGAGCCAGUCGACUUCCCGCCCGACUUUCCUGUGUAUUACUUCUUCUACGGAACUCUAACCACCCCAGCCCAGGUGAAAAGGAUUCUCGACCUGCCGGAGGAGCCGCAACUUCGCAAAGCAGAGGUAGUUGGUUACGCCGUUGCAAAAUGGGGCGAUUAUCCCGCCCUGAUCAAUGGGAAACAAGGGGAUGUGGUAACGGGAUCUGCCUAUCUCGUACAGUCCGAAGAAGAGGCCCAGAAGUUAUCAUACUAUGAGACGAAUGCCUACAAAGUUGCAGAUUGCCGGAUCUACUUCAAAGACGUGAAAGCGCCCAAGGAGAUCAGUGGCAAAGUUUUCAUGUACGCGGGUGAUGCACAGGCUCUGCUAGAGCAACGAUUCGACCGCAAGCUCUGGAGUCGGCAGAUGGCAGGGAAAUUGGGGUGA